CCAUACCUACUGUUCAUCGAUGAGCCGACCACUGGUCUCGACACACACUCAGCGCUCACUUUAACCCAAUGUUUGCGACAACUGUCCCGCAAAAACAAUAUGUCAAUCAUUACGUCCAUACAUCAGCCCAAUAAUGAUUUAUUCAAUAUGUUUGACAACAUCUAUGUGUUGGCCAACGGAGGGGUUUGUCUGUAUUCAGGAGUUCCCCAUGGAUUGAGACAACGGCUCAGCGAUUGUCAGAUUGAGUGCAAUGAAAAUCAAGUGCCGAUUGAAGUAUUGAUAACAUUAAGUUUCAAUGGACUGAUGGAUACAAAUGUUAUAACACUUUGCGAUAAAACACGCGAAUUGACUAUAAAUAUGGAAAACACGGUUCAAAUGAAUGAGGGAUUUAAGUUCGUUGCGAAACCACAACUAUUGCUAUUCAUUGGCAGUAUUAUAUUUAUGGCGAACUGUUUUAAUAAAAACAUCGGUCGAGCGGAUGGUUGCGUACAUAUCGGCGGACAGACUAAUAAAACCUGUAUGGAAAUAGAGGAUGAGAAAACCGUUUGGAUACAUGCUUGCGUUAUUUGCGUCGGUUAUGGCGUCGAUAUGCAAAUUAUUAUUUUGGAGAACAGCAAUAUUAUGGAUACAAUCGAUGCCCACAUUCUGAGCCAGAACAAUUAUUUGAACAAUACGCCCGAUGAUAAUAUUAGCGGCUGUGCGGCAGUAAACUCACUAAAUGCUUUGAUGGGUCCGUCGGGUGCCGGGAAAACAAUGUUAUUAAAAUGUCUCAACGGCCAGAAUAACCGAGGGUUAAGUACCGACACUAAGUUUUACGCCACGAAUAGACUCAGAUAUAAGACUUGUUUUAUAAUGUCAGAGGUUUGGGAACACCUGUUGCCGGGACUGACUGUACGACAGACACUGUUAUACGCGUCGCGACUCAAGAACUCCGGGAUUUGUAUUGAAUUAAAUCACAAUAAAAUUGUGACGGAUUUGAUGUCAGAGCUGGCGAUCGGCGAUACGGCAGACAAUUGGGUCGAGACGUGUAGUGGAGGCGAACAGAAACGUAUAGUAAUUGCCUGUGAAUUGACUUCACAUAUAAAGCCCAAUAUGUUAUGCAUUGACGAACCGACGAGUGGUUUGGAUAGUAAUGCCGCACAAGUGAUAAUAAACUGUUUAAAAGUGUUGUCGCGAAAGCAUGGGAUGACAAUCAUUGCGUCCAUACAUCAGCCAAAUUACGAUUUGUUUCACACGUUUGACAGCAUCUAUGUGUUGGCCAACGGAGGGGUUUGCCUGUAUUCAGGAGCGCCGCACCGAUUGAGACAACAUCUCGCAGACAAUGGCAUCGAAUGUCAGGAAAGUCAGGUGCCUAUCGAUGUGUUAAUAAAAGUGGCAUCGGAUACGACACUACUGGCAACCAUUGGUGUCAAUACCGGCCACACGUAUGACAAUGGCGUGCAUUUAGACGCAAACAUACUGUCGGCAAACAUGCGUUUAAUAGCCCAACCGUCGAGUAUAUCAAAGCGGUUCGCUGUGCGGGACACGUAUUACCUGUUGGGCCGUAUGAUAAGCCACGGAUGGCAGCGACCGCGCCAAUGGGUGUCCCAAUUGUUGCAGUUUAUAUUAUUGCAGUCAUUGGCGUUGCUUAUGGUAUACACGGCCAGUGACGACAUGAUAGCGCCAGACGGUUGCGUAGAGCUGUCAUUUGGCGCCGACUGUACGCAAAACGAGCGCGAUAUUUAUGACGAGAAACAAAUUAAGCAUAAUAUGAAAUUUAAUUUUAUGUUACUCCUAAUAGUGGCGUUUAUCGCGUUAAUUGUAAUGUCGGUCACUUUUGGAGCCGACUUUUGCGUAUUCCGUGGCCAACAACAUAAUGGUACGUACAUUAUGCAGAUACUACGUGGCUGGUAUAGCACCGGUGCGUAUCUAUGGAGCCGUACAAUCGUCGACCUGAUACCGGUGUUCAUAUCGGUGCCAGUGUUCUGUUGGAUUGCAAACCUAUACAAUACAUAUACACACUAUGUAAUGACGGUAGCGCUCAAUUUGCUAGUAAUAUUGUGUAUGCAAAGUGUUGCCCAAUUAUCGGCCCUGGCGUUCGUUAAUGAGCCUAAACUGGGCCUCACAUUAGCCAUAAUAGUAUUUGUUGUGACGGCAACGUUGGGCAACAAUCUAAUCUCGGUGAAACAACUUCAUUAUACGUUACAAGCGGUUAGCCAAUUAUCUUGUAUACGUCUGGCCUACGAAUGCCUUAUGAUGACAAUAUACGGCUUUGACCGUUGCCAGGGUAACCAGAUGUCCACUGUGCUGUACGCCAUGUCAAUUGACGAUGAUGAAUUUUGGCCAAAUAUAAUUAAUUUGGUGUUGGUUACUGUGACGUUAAAAGCGUUAACAUUUGUGUGUACUUUUCUCAAAACGUAUAAAUUCGGGCGCAGAAAGUUUUAA